AUGAGCUGUUUGGAUGUUAUGUACCAAGUCUACGGUCCUCCGCAGCCCUACUUCGCAGCAGCCUACAGCCGCUAUCACCAGAAACUCUCCUUUUUCUCCAAAAUGCAAGAAGCCCCGGAGAGCGGCAGCAGCGCCAGCGCCAGCAGCUCCUUCUCCAGCCACCCCGCGGCCAGCAUCAAGGAGGAGGACUGCAGCCCCGAGAAGGAGCGACCCCCCGAGGCCGAGUACAUCAACUCCCGCUGCGUCCUCUUCACCUACUUCCAGGGGGACAUCAGCGCCGUAGUGGACGAGCACUUCAGCCGGGCGCUCAGCCAGCCCAGCAGCUUCUCGCUCGGCAGCGCGAAGGCGGCGCGGAACGCCGGCUCCUGGCGGGAUGGCUCCUUUCCGAUGAGCCAGCGUAUCUUUCCACCGUCCUUCUGGAACAGCACGUACCAGCCCUCCUCCGUCCCAGCCACCCUCAGCAGCCCCCUGGCAGCUGCCACCCACAGUGAUCUGCCGUUUGCUGCCACCGCCGACCCCUACACACCUGCCUCUCUGCACGGCCACCUGCACCAGGGUGGCCCCGAGCCCUGGCACCAUGCCCACCACCACCACCACCACCACCCCUACAUCGGGACACAGAGCACUGCUUACCCCCGCCCCGCCACCAUGCACGAGGUCUACGGGCCCCACUUCGACCCCCGCUAUGGCUCACUCCUGGUGCCCACUGCCUCCGUCCGCCCCCACCGCCUCACCCCUGCCUCCGUACCCACGCCAGUCAGCCCCCCCUGUGAACUGGGCAAGAGUGAGGCAGGUGCAGCCGCGGCCUGGACAACGCCGGGAUCCUUCCCCAGUGCAGCCGGGGACAUGGCACAGAGCCUCAGCCUCAACGUGGACACAGCUCGCCGUUACUCCUUCUGUGGUGGAUCCCUUCUGAGCUGA